AGGCCUCUCCUGUAACCUUAGGAGCACAGAGUUCUUGAGAUCUUCGCCAAGAUUUGAAUCUUAAAGUUUUGUUGUGUGGGCUUUAUCUUAAAGAAGCAGAAAAAGUAUUUUCAGUGAAAUGGGGAGCUUAGGAGAUUUAGAGAACAGUAUCAAGAGAACACCUGGGCCUCAUGUAGUGGUGUUCCCUUAUCCAGCGCAGGGACAUAUCAAUCCAUUAGUGGAAUUUGCCAAGAGGCUUGUCUCUCACAAUCUCAUGGUGACUUUUAUCACCACAGAGAAAGUUAAAGAGCGCAUGGCACAAGCUCAGAAUGGUGCUUCUUGUGGGAACUCAGCUUUGCAGAAUAUCAGGAUUGAAACAAUUUCAGAUGGGGUUACUCCUGAUCUUGACAGGAAGAAAAGUUCAGAUACUGAAAUAGAUCUGCUGAAAAAGUUUGGAAGUGUUUCAUUUGAACAUCUAAUAGAGAGGCUCAAUGCUCAAGGCCAGAGAGUCUCUUGCAUAGUUUAUGACUCUUUUCUGGAAUGGGUUCCAUUAAUAGCAAAAAAGUUUGUUAUUCCUGUGGCAUUUUUCUGGACACAGUCUUGUGCAGUUUACUCCAUCUAUUAUCAUUGUAACAAAAGAACUGUGAAUGAAGAGGAUAUAUUGGAGAAUGGCAUGAAUGUGAAAGGAAUAUCUGGACUCCCACAACUACAUCCAUCAGAUAUACCAUCGUUUUUACAAGCUUCAAAUCCUAACCCAUAUAUGUUAAAGUUGGUGUUGGAUCAAUUCAAUCUCAUUUCUCAAGCAAAAUGGAUAUUGGGAAACUCUUUUACUGAACUUGAAGCAGAGGAAAUUAAAUCCAUGGACUCACUUAUUCAAAUUAGAACAGUGGGUCCUCUAGUUCCAUCAUAUUUUCUACAAGGAAACAAUCCCAAAGAUACAGAUGUUGGUGCAAAUCUAUGGAAAGCAACAGAUUGCAUGAAUUGGCUCAAGACAAAAGGGGAGUCAACUGUAAUAUAUGUUUCCUUUGGGAGCUUAGCUAUCCUUUCUAAAGAGCAAAUCCAUGAAAUAGCAUUUGGACUAAAGGCCAGUGGUCAUUCCUUCUUAUGGGUAAUACGUCCAGGAGAUAACAAAGAAGAAAAUAGUACUACACAAGAUUUGCCAGAAGGUUUCUUAGAGGAAACUAGCGGGAAAGGGCUAGUGGUACCUUGGUGUCCACAAAUGAGGGUGCUUUCUCAUUCCUCUAUUGCAUUGUUUAUGACCCAUUGUGGAUGGAAUUCCACGCUAGAGAGCAUUUGUUCAGGAGUGCCUAUGCUAGCAUUUCCUCAAUGGAGUGAUCAACCAACUAAUGCAAAAUACAUAGAAGAGCAUUGGAAGAUGGGUAUAAGAUUGAAGAAGAAAGAAGAUGGUUUGGUUGGGAGGGAAGAAAUGCAUAAAUCAAUCAAGGAAGUUAUGGAAACCAAACGAGGAGUUGAACUAAGAAAAAAUUCUUUGCGGUGGAAGACAUUAGCUAUGAAAUCUAUGGAGAAUGGUGGGUCUUCACAAAAAAAUAUUGAGGCUUUCAUUGAGGAGGUUAUAAAUAGUGCAUCAUUAAUGCCUUAUAGUACCAUAUGAAUAUAGACAAACCUAGAUUGAAUGUAUUAUCAAGUGUUUAAUUAUGCUUAUUUUUUAUAAAGAGUUUUUAGAGAUUGUAGUAA